AUGCUCUCCUCCAUUGAUACUAGGUCCUCUGCGAGGUACCAGGAAGUCUGUCAGGGCGACUCACUAUCGACUGUCAUCAGACAAUCCGAUGGAACUGGGGAACAAGUUCUUUUUGCCAAGAAACCUAUGUGGAGGUCACUGUUUUUAUCGCUUCUCUGGCUUGCAACCCUGGCCACUGCCUUUCUAACAGGACACAUCUUAGCCAAGAAUUCCAUCGGCGCCUGCCACUAUAAAGACUCCGAUCUUGCAUGGCGCCCCUCGAGAAAACUUGCCCGUCGGCACUGGCAUCGCUACGAAGGUUCCAUCAACAUCACCAACAUCUUCAAGGGUGCACCACGCGCCGAGAUUGACGCGGCGUGGGAUCGUUUCACUCAAAGCAAAUGGAUUGAUGGUACUUCAGUUGUACUUACCGCCACCGACCAAGAAAUGAAAGAUUCGGGCAACGCCAACUUCCCGGCAACCGUAGCCGAUCUGGGUGCAGAGAAUGGCGGUGGGGCCAUGGCUACGCUGGAGAUGUUUCAUCAGCUCCACUGCCUGAACUUGCUUCGAAAAUGGACAUAUGUGGACUACUAUAGCACCCGGGACCAUGCGUGGACAUUUGACCGCGCCGACUCGCUACGGAGACAUACAGACCAUUGCAUUGAUAUAUUGCGGCAAGUACUUAUGUGUAAUGGUGAUAUGGGGCUCGUGAUGUUCCAUUGGGUAAAGAAUGUUGGGCCGGCACCAUAUCCCGAUUUCAGCACCCUUCACCGAUGUCGUGAUCCUGUGGCGAUCUUGGAAACAGCUGAGAGACAUGCUGCCCCGAUUGUCAGACCCGUGACCAAGACAUCCGUGGCGCAUGAGCUGCCAACUUUCCCUUAA